AUGAGUGGGAUUCGCAAGGGCCUUGCUACGCGUAUGAAGGAAUGUUCACCUCUCGGAAUAUAUGUACAUUGUUAUGGUCAUCUUUCAAAUUUGGCUCUUCAGGACACCAUGACUGAAAUUGAAACUCUCCGUAAUGCCGUCGGUACUAUCCAGAGUCUUUACAAUUUCUUACACGGGAGUACCAAGCACCAUGCUUUAUUCAAGGACAUUGAAGUUCAUCAAGAGGAUGUUGCGCUUACAUUAAAAUCUUUGAGUACCACUAGAUGGUAUUGUCACAGGGCGGCGGUGAGGGCCGUGCCAGAGCAAGUGCCGAGGAUAAUGGAAGCCCUGGUCACUUUAUCAAAGGUCUCAAGACCUACAACGAAAGUAAUUCGCUUCUCCACUCAAUUUGUGACUUGA